AUGAGCUCAUCCACUGCUUCCGUCUCGGCUGCAACGCCGACGCAACACCCUUUUCAGAGGAAGAUUGACGAUGUCAAGCCCUCCAAGUCAGACAUCAACUUCGUCGUCAUGGACUACCUGGUCAGUGAGGGAUAUCCCCGAGCUGCAGAGAAGUUUGCCAAAGAAGCGAACAUCCAGUUACCAUUUGAAGAGGAGUUUAUCCAGUCUCGCGUAGAAAUACGACAGGCUAUCCAUGCUGGCGAUAUUGAUGCUGCCGUCACUAAGAUCAACGAUCUGAACCCUCAGGUAUGCAUUGACACACUCCCAGUCUCUCUCCUUCUUGCAGGAUUAUAUCCAGUUUCAUGCACCACGCAUAAUCUUCCUUGAUGAUAAUCAAACCUUCAGUCCUCAGUAUGAUUGCAAGCAAACACAUGUUUAGUUGACACAUUCUUGUACUGAGCUCAGCUAACACAUGAAAGAUUCUUGACACCGAUCCCGCUCUUCAUUUUGCACUGCUUCGCCUGCAGCUCAUUGAGUUGAUUCGGUCGUGCACUGCGUCCGCAACUUCAGACGUUACACCCGCACUGAGCUUUGCAUCGUCACAGCUGGCUCCCCGCGCUGCUACAAACCCAGACUUUCUCAAGGACCUCGAGCUCACCAUGACCCUGCUCAUCUUCCUUCCGGCCACUGGCAAGCUGCAGAAAGAGCUUGGUGAGCUUUUGGAGCCGUCGCUGCGUCGGAAUGUUGCCAGCCGAGUAAAUGAGGCUAUCCUCAUGAGCAUGGGCGCCCAUGGAGAGGCUCGGAUGAGGAGCCUGGUACGCCUACGGCAAUGGGCAGAAGCAAAGGCUCGAGAGGUCAACAAGGACAUUCCUCCCGUUAUGCCUCUUGGACUGCAAGGCACCGAAGACAAAGCUAUCGGGAACAAUGGCGAAGGCGCAGACGUAAUGGUACAAUGA